GAUUUUAGCUACUACACAUUAAUCAAGGAGUUGUCACUCAACGUUAUUGAAUUGUUAUAAGAAGGUAAAAUGAUAAAUAACAAAUAUACAAGUGCACUUUAUUAUUAAUAAGUAACGAUUCUCCCACUGGCUGGCUGCUGUCCCAAUCCCAGCCUGCCAGGCCAUAACUAAACCUGGCCAGCAGUCUAAAGGAAAAAUCCCUGAUACGGGCAGCUCCUAUCCAUUUUACAUAUAUGCCUUCGUCCCACCCAAUCCUAACACGACACAUGGACUUAUCUCUUCCAAACUUCCUUAUAGAUAAGUGAUAGCAUCAACUUCCAUUAAUGCAGAUCUUAAGAACCAGAAAGUUUCUCUGACGUUGAAUCUUCUCUAAUCAGCUCUUACCUAAAGUAAAUGUGAGCUCUUGUCUGGAUACACACUCCAUUGUUCACACGUAAGCUAUUCGCCGGACGCACCCUCCACCCCUCGCACCUGUAUCUUUUUAUUUAAUCUACAUAAGCUCCUCUUAGUUUAAAAGAGACAUCAACACGUCUGACAGAAACAUUUUCGUGUUCGUGGCUGUUAAACUUGAUCGGCUAUUUACAUUAACUAUGAUCCAAAUCCCAACGAGUUAAGACCUGAUUACUUCAAUGAGUUAAUUAAGAUCGUCUGACCACGUGAUCUGAUUUCAGAAGUCUACAGAUAAGAUAACAAAUUUUUUCGGCAACAUCCAGGCAUAAAGAUACAGUGACAAAAGCAGAGAAAAAUCCCUUCUUGCCAAUCAGUCUGUGGUGUGAGAGAAGACUUCAAUGGAAGAAAGUAAGAAGCCUCAUGCCGUGGUCAUCGCAUAUCCAUUUCAAGGCCAUAUAAAGCCAUUGCUUCAACUUGCAAAGCUUCUUCACCAUAAAGGCUUUCAUAUUACUUUUGUGAACACAGAGUUCAACCACAAACGCUUUCUCAAAUCGAGAGGCCCCAAUUCUCUGGAUGGCUUGCCUGACUUUCAGUUUGAAACUAUCCCCGACGGCCUCCCUCCUUCAAAUCCUGAUGCCACCCAAGACGUUGUUGCUGUAUGUAAUUCUGUUUCGACCAACUUAUUGUCUCCAUUCAGGAACCUCCUUGCCAAACUGAACCAUUCUUCAUCCAAGAACAUCCCUCCCGUCACUUGUAUAGUUGCAGACUCUUUCAUGCCAUUUACUGCCGAAGCUGCCCAAGAACUCGGGAUCCCGGUCGUUAGUUUCUUCCCAAGUUCUGCGAGUGUUUUCGUAGCUGUGAAACACUUUAGGGCUCUUAAGGAGAAGGGCUUCACGCCUCUUAAAGAUGAGAGCUAUUUAACGAAUGGGUGGUUGGACACCGUUAUUGACUUCAUUCCUGGAUUGAAGGACAUACGUUUGAAGGACUUGUCGACAUUUAUUCAAACUACAGAUCCCAAUGAUUUCAUGCUUAAGUUCAUUAUGGUAGCAGUUGAAAGAGCUUCUGAAUCAUCCGCCAUCCUUAUUCAUACAUUCGACAGAUUAGAGAGGGAAGCUUUGGAUGCAGUCUCAUCCAUGUUUCCUUGCUUUUAUGCAAUUGGCCCUCUCCAAUUACUUCUCAAUCAUACCCCCGAAUCUUCUCUCCAGUCUGUGGGAUACAAUCUAUGGAAAGAAGAAACUGAAUGCCUUGAAUGGCUAGAAUCCAGAGAACCCAACUCAGUGGUGUAUGUGAAUUUUGGGAGUGUAGCGGUACUGAGCAACCAACAGCUACUUGAAUUUGGGAUGGGACUUGUUAACAGCAAAUACCCAUUUUUGUGGAUAAUAAGGCCUGAUUUGGUGAUUGGAGAAAACGCAGUUUUUCCAUCAGAGUUUGUGGCUGCAACCAAAGAAAGAGGUUUGAUUGCAAGUUGGUGCCCACAAGAAAAAGUGCUCAACCACCCAUCGAUUGGAGGAUUUCUAACCCAUUGCGGGUGGAACUCCACAAUCGAAAGCUUAAGUGCAGGAGUUCCCAUGCUCUGUUGGCCAUUCUUUGCAGAUCAACAAACAAAUUGUUGGAGCAUCUGCAAACAGUUUGAGGUUGGUUUAGAGAUCCCAAAUGAUGUGGACAGAAAUGAAGUAGAGAAGCUGUUGAGGGAACUGAUGGAGGAAGAGAAGAGAAAGAUGAUGAAGAAGAAAGCCAUGCACUGGAAAAGAUUGGCAGAGGAGGCUAGUGCUCCUAAUGGGUCAUCAGCCAUGAAUCUGGACGACCUGGUAAGCAAAGUGCUUCUGUAAUAAGAUCUAUAAACAAAUAGAAGUUCUUCCAUCUCUGUCAACUAAAUUGGUUCAGGAGUUAUGGAGUUCAGAAUAAGAGGUCUAGAUUCUGAAUUGGAAACUACA